AAUUAAAUAAAAUGUGUGCCAUUAACCAAUAAUGCACAGUAAUGUAAUAUUGAAUUAGUAAGGUUUAUAUGGAGUGUAUGUGUGUCUGUGUUAUUUGUGUGCACGAAAGCCCUAGUUUUACUUUUCAUCUUAUGAUAAGAAAUGGGUUAAUGGGCGAAGUUCCCGUACAUUAAUGGAGUGCUUUACUGGUCUGUGGUCCCGCCGGUUAGAGGAGGAUAAAAUUACACCCCCUUGGAUUAUCGGCGGGCUGAAUUACGCACCAACACCAACGAAAGACUACCUCCGUCUUCUCGACUUCCAACCCGAAUCGUAUCGCGGACAGGUGAACAAAAUCGUAAGGGCCGAUUCGAGUGAAAGUGUUUUUAAUAAUCGCGCCUAUGAAACUAUCGACCGCGUCGUGACGCGUGAAAAUAAUUUUAGUGAAUCUAGUCGAAUUGGAUCUAAAUUAAUAAUGGAAACGGAAGAGGAAAUGAAAAAUUUAAUUCAAAUUAAAGCCGAGAAGCACAGUACGUAUUAUAGGAAGCUACAUGCUGGUGAGUCCAGCACCGAACAGAUGGCAAAACCAGUUACCGCAGGCAUUUCCACGCAAGAAUACAUUUCCGAUAGUAAAAAAUGCGAUCCUCCAGGUGCAACAGUCGACGUACCUGAUGUCAACCCGCAACUAACCGCAUCGGAAACGAGCGCGUAUAAACAAAGAAACCGUCGCAUCGGGGUCUUCGAGCUAGAGCAAGAACUUACGCAAGAAGGCGAGGUUUUUGUAAGCGUGAAGGACCUACGCGAGAAGUACAUGGCGAUGUUGGAAGAAGUUAAUAAACCGACAGGGGAUAGUUCACGUAUAACAGCUAAAAAGGAGAAAUUUGUCUGUGGCAGAGACAGUACGGACUCUCCUGGAAUUGACGAGACAUUCCUUGCGCCUCCACCCAGCGGUUAUUGUAGUUCUUCUGCAUCGGCGGGCAGCGAUGACGAAAGGGAGAAAAGCUGGUUCAAGUACCCCCGGUUGCGUAGAAGUGGAAGUACGGAUUCGGCGGUUGGACUAAAUCAAAGUGACGAUGAGAAUUCACCCACGUUUGAUAAGAAAGAUGACGUUCUUCAUUAUCCUUUUAUUAAAAGUCCGUACAGUCCACGCGGUUCAGUUGACCAUAUAAAUGUUCCUUCAAAAACGUUGAUAGAGGCGAAAUUUGUUCCGUACCUGUUAGACCGAAAGGGCAGUGUUUGUGGUAGUGAAUGUAAUGAGGGUGGUGAUGAGAAGGGCGGUGGUGACAGUCGGAGACCGAGUUGUUUUACGGAUGAAGGUGAGGAACCGCCGCGGUUUCGGUUUUGGCGUACACCCUCGGUUGUGGUUAGCGACUAUUCUGACGACGUGGUCGGUCUUUCCUUGGAAGACAUUGAGUUCUUUCGAAAUCAAAGAAGAGAGGUGACAUCCUCACCGGAUUCCAGCGUACACAGUUCCUGUAGCAAUCUAAAUUACUGUGGUUCGACUAUUAGCAAUUUGGACGCAGAGUAUAUUUUAAGAACACCGUUCAGAAAGCUUUCUGAUUGCUCCACUUGUUCAACAUUCAGCGGAGAUGAGGAUACGGAAAUUACAUGCGAACCGAUUAAAGAGAGGAUUAAGCCAUCGGGAUGGCGAAAGUUGAGAAGCAUCGUUCAAUGGACACCGUUCUUCCAAAUAUACAAAAAGCAACGGUAUCCUUGGGUGCAGUUGGCUGGACACCAAGGAAACUUUAAGGCAGGACCUGACCAAGGCACUAUUCUCAAAAAACUUAGCGCUAAGGAAGAACAAUGCUUUAAGCUCCUUAUGAGUGAUGCACUACGGCCGUAUGUUCCUGAAUAUAAAGGACAAGUAACUAGCGAAGAUGGCGACUGUUCUUAUAUUCAACUUCAAGAUUUAUUAGGAGAUUUCAAUUCACCAUGCGUAAUGGAUUGUAAAAUAGGUGUUAGGACAUAUUUAGAAGAAGAAUUAGCGAAAGCAAAAGAAAAUCCAAAAUUAAGAAAAGAUAUGUACGAAAAAAUGAUUCAAAUUGAUCCUAACGCUCCAACGGAAGAAGAGCACAGACUGAAAGCGGUAACGAAACCUAGGUAUAUGGUGUGGAGGGAAACAAUAUCGUCCACUGCAACGUUAGGGUUUAGAAUCGAAGGUAUUAGAAAAUCAGACGGAUCUUCCAGUAAAGAUUUCAAAACGACCAAAACUAGAGAACAGGUGAUCCAGGCGUUUAGUGAAUUUACCGACACAUGCUCACAUUCCAUUCCCAAAUACAUCCAGAGACUGCAAGCUAUCAAAGCAACCCUCGAGAAUUCCGAAUUUUUCAAUAGUCACGAGAUAAUCGGAAGUUCGCUGCUUUUCGUGCACGAUCGCUACAACGCGAAUGUAUGGUUAAUUGAUUUUGCCAAAUCCUUACUGUUACCAAACGAAAUCAAAAUUGACCACAAUUCGUGUUGGAAGGUUGGAAAUCACGAAGACGGAUAUCUUAUUGGUAUUAAUAAUAUUAUCUCCAUAUUCGUUACGUUGUUGGAGAAACAAAGAGUUUGCGUUACGCCGCCAUUAAAUUUAUCAGAUCCUACGGAUUCCAUCGAAUCUAAGGGUAUAGAAAAAGAAGAAGCUUUAGUUUCCUGAAUCAAGCUUUAUUUACUGUUCUGUAUUUAUUAAAUUAUCCAGUUGUU